CCACCGCUCUGAGCGCUGGGGACUCGUUGCGCAUGCGCGGAACAUAACUGAGGAAGGCUGCACACAAACUUGGACGAAAGUCGGUCCCGUUGCGUCCUCGCGGCUGUAAAAAGUUUGACUUUGCGGCUCGUCGACCGGCGCAAACAUCAGAACGGGCAGACAAAAACUGGCAGCUUUCCCGCAGUGAUGUGCUCUUGGUGGUGGGAGCAGUGGUCCCUCAUGGGCCCAAACAGCACCAUCGGUUCUGGGAGCCCCAAUAACAAGACCUGCUUCAACAGCAACCAGAACACCGUCCUGAAUGGAGUCCAGUUUGGGGGGGUGCCCAUCGUGCUCCUGCUCAACUUUAGCGUCUUUUUGGUGUUGCUGAUCCUGUUCUCGGUUAUACGGAGGAAGUUCUGGGACUAUGGACGUUUGGCGCUGGUCGCAGACAACGAAGGGCUGACAGAGUCGGCGUGCAAUCGUUACAGACGCACGUCGUCUUCUGUCUCCAGCGGGGAUGACCUGGAGUAUGAAAUGGGCUUCUGUUCGUGGCUGCCUUUCAUCCUCAGAAUGGACGACGAAAAAAUGAAAGCCAAAUGCGGCUGCGACGCCGUCCACUACCUGUCCUUCCAGCGUCACCUGAUCGUCCUGCUGCUGGUCAUCACGGUCCUCUCCCUCGCGGUCAUCCUGCCUGUCAACCUGACGGGUGACCUGCUUGGCACCAACCCAGAGAGUUUUGGAAGGACGACGAUUGGGAAUCUUCAAGCGAGGAAUGGCUGGUUGUGGCUUCACACCGUGUUUGCCGUCCUCUAUCUUGGCCUCACGAUCGGUGUGCUGCGACACCAUACGUCGCAGAUCAAAGGCGUGGGUCAAGACACUCCCAAAACCACGUUGUUUGUGACUUCUGUCCCUAAAACGGCGAAAGAGGACGACGUCAAGCUGCAUUUCACGGACGCAUACCCCACUUCUGAAGUGCGUGAGGUCAACAUUGCCUACGAUGUGGCUAAGCUCAUGCACCUUGAUAAAGAAAGGGUUCGAGCUGGAAAAAACCUGCGUUACUACGAGCGCCUCCUGGAGAAGAGAGGCCGGCGGGAAACGAUAUAUCCCAGAGUGUGCGGUUGCCUCUGUUGCUGCGCCAAAUGUGCCAAGGUGGACGCUAUAGAGUACUACAACACUAAGGAGAAAGACCUGCUGGAGGAGGUGAGGCAGCAGGCGGACGUGGUGCCACAGCACCCCCUGGGGCUCGCCUUCGUCACCUUUCAGUCGGAGGCCACGGCCAAAUUCAUUCUGGAAGACUUCAACGCGGUGAAAUUCCGCCGCACGAGUUGCUGUUGUGCCCGAGAGCCUCAGGCGUCGAUCACCAGUGCAAGUCUCAAAGUGAACAAGUGGGGGGUCAGCUAUGCACCCCACCCCAAAAACAUUUAUUGGGACCACCUGUCAGUCCAGGGCUUCUCUUGGUACGUGCGCUACUUGAUGCUCAACUUUCUGCUUUUGUUCCUGCUGACCUUCCUCACAACGCCCACCAUCAUCAUCAACACCAUAGACAAGUUCAACGUCACCAGGCCCAUCUACUACCUGAAUAACCCGAUCAUCAGUCAGUUCUUCCCCACGUUGCUGCUGUGGAGCUUCUCCGCCCUGCUGCCCACCAUCGUCUACUACUCCACGCUGUGGGAGGCCCACUGGAGCAGGUCCAGCGAGCAGCUGAGCAUGAUGCGCAAGCUUUACUUCUUUCUGAUCUUCAUGGUGCUCAUCCUUCCCUCGCUGGGACUCACCAGUCUUGCCUUGUUUUUCCGCUGGCUGUUUGACAAAGAAUUUCUAACCGAUGGGAAGCUGAGGUUUGAGUGUGUGUUCCUACCUGGUCAAGGGGCCUUCUUUGUCAACUACGUGAUCGCAGCGGCGCUGGUGGGCUCGGCCAUGGACCUGUUGCGGCUGCCCGGUUUGCUGCUUUACACCGUUCGCCUGGCGUUCGCCCGCUCGGCCGCUGAACGGAAAUACGUCAAACAGAACCAAGCCUACGAGUUUGAAUAUGGCGCCAUGUAUGGCUGGAUCCUGUGUGUGUUUACUGUCAUCAUGGCUUACAGUGUCAUUUGUCCCAUUAUUGCGCCUUUUGGUCUCCUGUACAUGACGCUAAAGCACCUGGUGGACAAGCACAACUUGUAUUUCGCCUACUUGCCAACACGCCUAAACUGCCAAGUCCACCUGAAGGCUGUCAAUCAAGCUCUGGCAGCGCCCAUCAUCUGCCUGAUAUGGCUUUACUUCUUUUCUGUCCUCAGAACGGGCUUCCUGGCAUCCACUUCUCUGUUCACCCUGGUGGUGCUUGUCAAAACUGUCCUCCUCUGCAUCACCUGCACCGUGUUUGACAAUUUCCAGUUCCUCAGGCCGCGCAAUUACUUGGUGAGGGAGAAAGACGAGGACACACCUGACGGAGCAGAGGCUUACCUCCCCAGAGUGCUGAAUCCCAAAUCGUCAGCGAGACCUCCGACGGAGACUCAGGCCCGCCAGUCGUACGGUUCUACAGAGGAAAGCUCGGCACCCAGCCCCGUGCCGUAGGGGGCGGCGUCGCAGCACUUCAGCAUUUUGUCCGUCAUUCCGCUCCCUUGUGAAUUCGCUGUUAGCGCACGACACAGAAGUACGGAUACGCUGUGUCAAACGUGAAUACGAGGGAAUGUUUAUUUGAGAGCCAUGUUUACAGGGAAGCACACUUCUGGGUCUCUGUGAAAAAAAUUGCUUCGUUUGGGGGGGUAGAACGGUUGAUUGAAUGUUUCGACAAAUGAGAACAAAAUAAGCAUCAACAUUGCCAAAGAUGACGUAAGCGUUUUGUUUUUUUUUUUUCAUUGAAAUGGAGACCUGCCAAUGAAAGCAAUUUAUACUUCCUGUUAAUAAUAAUAAUGCACUUUUGUGAUACUGAAUUCUUUUUGUUCAUUGUUGCAGUAGUAUCACUGUUAUUGUUGUUAAUGGCGUUUAUAAAUAAGUUAUGACUUGA